AUGUCAUCAAAUCAUGCUACUAGUCCAGAAACCUCUGGCUCUCAUGAACAACAAGAUUUACAGAAUUUACCCUCGGAAACAUAUGAUGUGAAAGCACACGAUGACUCACCCAAGUUCAAGAAGCAUUACGAACAAAAUAAUGGGAACAAGUCAAGAAGGAAUAGUGCAUAUAGUUAUUAUAGCCCUCGUUCGCUUUCCAUGACUAAAAGCAAAGAAAGCAUUGCUCCGAAUAGCGUAGACGACGCAAAUACUUCAAACACAGGACAUUCAAGGCCUGCAGAGCCAAGAAUGAAAAGGGGCCCACAUCUGCUGAAGAAAACAUUAAGUAGUCUUUCGAUCAAUAGCAACCAUGAUGAUUCUAAAAACCACGAUUACGCUUUGAACUCUUCCAAAACCCAUAACUACCUAUCCUCUUACAGCCAUCAUGAGCCACAUCAUGACCACCAUCAUAUGCAGUUUUUGCCCAAUAGGAAGCAGUCGUUUGCUGAAAGCUUGUUCAAGAGAUUUGCAGGAUCGAGUAGCCACGACAAUAAUAAGGCAGGUAAGGAUAAUAGAGUUGCUAGCUUAUCCCUGUCAACAGCCACUCCCGCGCCCGCAAAUAGAAAGCCAUCGAAGGACUCCACACUAUCUUCCCACUUGGCAGAUAAUGUGCCGAAUACUUUAAGAAGAAAAAUGUCCUCUUUAGUUCGUGGAUCUUCUGUUCACGAUGUAAAUAAUAUAAGUGCGGACAAACAAAUCAAACCAAAAAUUGCUCCACCACCAGAGAGUACGUUGCAUUCGUCGGAUGUUCCUAAUAGCAAACGUUCACACAGAAAAAGUUUUUUACUAGGAUCUACAUCCUCUUCAAGCAGUAGAAGAGGUUCUAAUGUGAGCUCAAUUACAAACAGUGACAAUGCAAGUAUGGCGACUUCAGGGAGCCAUGCUAUCCAUCAUAAUAUACCUAAUAUAUCGCCGACUACUAAAAGUAAAGAAAGCGUUGAUAGCGAAUCUGCUGAUCGCUCUAAUAACAAAGUCGCAUUAAAGCCCAAUGAUAACAUUCCAGAAAUCCCUAGUAUUGAAGAUGAAAGCGAAGCUGUAGUACCGACGAUGGAAAAGCCUAUUGCAUAUAAGCCAUCCCUUUUCAGGUUGGAUACGAACCUUGAAGAUGUGACUGAUAUAACAAAGACUAUUCCGCCUACGGCUGCCAACUCUACAAUAAAUUCUACGUAUGGUACUGAAACAGCCUCGCCUAAGACGGUAGCUAUGCCAGAAGGUCCAAGAAAAUCUGUUUCGAUGGCUGAUCUUGCUAGAGCUGCAGCUGUUCCUAACCCUAAUUUUACCUCAACUUCAAAUGAUAGGUCACAAUGGGUAGCACCACAGAGUUGGGAUGUAGAAACUAAAAGGAAAAAAUCAAAGCCCAAAGGAAGGUCUAAAUCACGAAGAACAAGUAUAGAUGCCGACCCGCUUGAUCCAAUGUCACCGGCACCGCUAUCCAAAAAAGACUCUCGUUACCACAAAAGUCGCCAUCACCAUCACCAUCAGGACCUGAAAGAUAAUGCGUCGUCAAUUACAGCGGACGCUAGUAAUUCAAGCUUUGUUGAUAUAUUAAAAGAAAAUAUUUCAAACGACGGAAAGAACUCAGUUGACCCGAAGUCUGUGAACCGUCUAAGAAGUAACUUGACUAUGAGCCCCCCGAGUAUACGAGAUGCUCCAUCAAAUUUAGACGGGGACUACGACACUUCAUCCACUUCCUCAUCCUUGCCGUCUUCAUCGAUUAGCUCAGAGGAUUCUUCCUCAUGUAGUGAUUCGUCUUCAUAUACCAAUGCGUAUAUGGAAGCUAACCAAGAUGAAGAUAACAAAACACCGACUUUGAAUAAAGCGAAAUCGUAUACUAAAAAAUUUACAUCAUCCUCAGUAAAUAUGAAUUCGUCAGAUGGCACUCAGAAUGGUUCAGGAUUAUUAUUACAGGAUGAGAAAGAUGAUGAGGUCGAGUGUCAACUGGAACAUUACUAUAAAGACUUCAGUGAUCUAGAUCCCAAAAGGCAUUAUGCAAUUCGUAUUUUCAACACUGACGACACCUUCACUACUCUAUCCUGCACUCCAGCAACUACCGUUGAAGAGAUAAUCCCUGCACUGAAAAGAAAAUUCAACAUCACCGCACAAGGGAACUUUCAAAUUUCCUUGAAAGUGGGGAAAUUAUCCAAGAUUUUAAGACCGACAUCCAAGCCUAUUUUAAUUGAAAGAAAGCUUUUACUUUUAAACGGCUAUCGAAAGUCAGAUCCGCUUCAUAUUAUGGGUAUUGAAGAUCUAAGUUUUGUUUUCAAAUUUCUUUUUCAUCCCGUAACGCCUUCUCACUUUACACCAGAACAAGAGCAAAGAAUAAUGAGAAGUGAAUUCGUUCACGUGGACUUGAGAAACAUGGAUCUAACUACACCUCCUAUAAUUUUUUACCAACAUACGUCAGAAAUAGAAAGUUUGGAUGUGUCAAAUAAUGCAAACAUUUUCUUACCGUUGGAAUUUAUAGAAAGUUCAAUAAAGUUACUCAGUUUAAGAAUGGUUAACAUCAGGGCCUCCAAAUUUCCUUCCAAUAUUACAGAGGCAUACAAACUAGUAUCAUUAGAAUUACAGAGGAAUUUCAUAAGAAAAGUCCCAAAUUCAAUUAUGAAGUUGGGUAACCUAACAAUACUAAAUCUUCAAUGUAAUGAACUUGAAAGUCUACCCGCCGGAUUUGUUGAAUUAAAGAAUCUUCAACUGUUGGAUCUGUCUUCAAAUAAGUUCAUGCACUACCCAGAAGUUAUCAACCAUUGUACCAACCUUUUACAAGUAGAUCUAUCAUAUAAUAAAAUUCAGAGCUUACCGAAGUCCACAAAGCAGCUAGUAAAGCUUGCAAAAAUGAACCUCUCUCACAAUAAAGUGAACUAUAUAGGUAACUUAUCGGAAAUGACCAACUUAAGAACUUUGAACCUAAGGUAUAACAGAAUAUCAUCAAUUAAAACCAACGCAUCUAAUUUGCAAAACCUCUUUUUGACAGAUAAUAGAAUAUCUAAUUUUGAGGACACUUUGCCUAAGUUAAGAACCCUUGAAAUCCAAGAAAACCCAAUUACUUCCAUAUCUUUUAAAGAUUUUUAUCCUACGAAUAUGACAAGUUUGACGUUAAACAAAGCGCAGUUGUCUAGUAUUCCUGGAGAACUACUCACCAAAUUAUCGUUCCUCGAAAAACUAGAGUUGAAUCAGAAUAAUUUAACCAGAAUACCAGAGGAAAUUUCAAAGUUGACCAAAUUGGUUUUUCUUUCCGUAGCGAGAAACAAAUUAGAGUAUAUUCCACCGGAGUUGUCGCAGCUUAAGAGUUUAAGGUCAUUAGACCUACAUUCUAACAACAUAAGAGACUUUGUUGAUGGUAUGGAAAAUCUUGAGCUAACAUCUCUAAAUAUUUCAUCGAACGCAUUCGGUAAUUCAAGCUUGGAAAACUCCUUUUAUCAUAAUAUGUCAUAUGGUUCGAAACUGUCAAAGAGCUUGAUGUUUUUUGUGGCCGCAGAUAAUCAAUUUGACGACGCUAUGUGGCCGCUCUUUAACUGCUUUGUCAAUCUAAAAGUGCUAAAUCUCGCUUAUAACAAUUUUUCUGAUGUAUCGCACAUGAAGCUUGAGAGUAUUACUGAAUUGUACCUCUCUGGUAACAAGCUUACAACAUUAUCAGGUGAUACAGUUUUGAAAUGGAGUUGUCUGAAAACUUUGAUGUUGAAUAGUAACCAAAUGUUAUCUUUACCUGCCGAAUUAUCAAAACUGUCUCAGCUAAGCGUAUUUGACGUUGGAGCUAAUCAAUUAAAGUAUAACAUAUCGAACUAUCACUAUGAUUGGAAUUGGAGGGACAAUAAAGAAUUAAAGUAUUUGAAUUUUUCAGGAAAUCGUAGGUUUGAAAUAAAGUCCUUUGCAAGUCACGAUAUUAACGCUGAUUUGUCAGAUCUAACUGUACUACCUCAAUUAAAGGUGUUGGGGUUAAUGGACGUAACUUUAAAUACUACCAAAGUUCCGGAUGAAAAUGUCAAUUUUCGUUUAAGAACUACUGCAUCGAUUAUUAACGGAAUGCGCUAUGGUGUUGCAGAUACACUGGGUCAAAGAGACUAUGUAUCAUCUCGUGAUGUUACUUUUGAAAGAUUUCGUGGAAAUGACGACGAGUGCUUACUGUGUCUUCAUGACAGCAAAAAUCAAAAUGCCGAUUAUGGCCAUAAUAUCUCGAGAAUCGUCAGAGAUAUUUAUGAUAAAAUAUUAAUUAGACAACUGGAAAGAUACGGAGACGACACGGACGACAAUAUAAGAACUGCUCUUCGUUUUAGUUUUUUGCAAUUAAAUAAGGAGAUCAACGGGAUGCUAAAUUCUGUCGAUAAUGGCGCUGAUGUCGCUAACCUAUCAUACGCGGAUCUACUAAGUGGUGCUUGUUCUACUGUGAUAUACAUCAGAGGAAAAAGACUUUUUGCGGCAAACCUGGGUGAUUGUAUGGCGGUCUUAUCCAAGAAUAAUGGUGAUUACCAAACGUUGACUAAACAACAUCUCCCAACAAAGAGAGAAGAGUACGAAAGAAUUCGGAUAUCUGGCGGGUAUGUAAACAAUGCUAAAUUGGAUGGCGUUGUAGACGUAUCUCGAGCUGUCGGGUUUUUUGAUUUGCUUCCUCACAUUCAUGCCUCUCCUGACAUUUCUGUCGUAACUCUGACAAAGGCAGACGAAAUGCUAAUCGUAGCAACACAUAAGUUAUGGGAAUACAUGGAUGUAGAUACGGUCUGUGAUAUUGCUCGUGAGAAUAGUACCGAUCCACUUCGCGCAGCAGCAGAAUUGAAGGACCAUGCUAUGGCUUAUGGUUGCACUGAAAACAUUACUAUUUUAUGUCUUGCUCUUUAUGAAAACGUCCAGCAACAGAAUAGAUUUACCCUGAAUAAAAGCUCUUUAAUGACAAGAAGAAACACAUUCGAAGAUACCACAUUAAGAAGGCUACAACCUGAAAUUUCUCCACCAACAGGUAACCUAGCGAUGGUAUUCACCGAUAUAAAGAGUUCAACGUUUUUGUGGGAGCUAUUUCCGAACGCAAUGAGGACCGCUAUAAAAACUCACAACGAUAUUAUGCGUCGUCAACUACGGAUUUACGGAGGUUACGAAGUAAAAACAGAGGGUGAUGCCUUUAUGGUAGCGUUUCCAACACCAACUAGUGGCCUAACAUGGUGCUUAAGUGUCCAAUUGAAACUUUUGGAUGCACAGUGGCCAGAAGAGAUUACCUCUGUUCAAGACGGUUGCCAGGUUACAGAUAGAAACGGCAACAUUAUUUAUCAAGGUUUAUCAGUUAGAAUGGGUAUUCAUUGGGGUUGUCCCGUUCCAGAGCUUGAUUUAGUGACUCAAAGAAUGGACUAUUUAGGACCAAUGGUAAAUAAGGCAGCGAGAGUCCAGGGUGUUGCUGACGGGGGCCAGAUAGCAAUGAGUAGUGAUUUCUAUUCCGAAUUCAAUAAGAUAAUGAAGUAUCAUGAGCGUGUAGUAAAGGGCAAGGAGUCGUUAAAAGAAGUAUAUGGUGAAGAAAUUGUCGGGGAAAUCCUGGAAAGGGAAAUUGCAAUGCUAGAAAGCAUCGGCUGGGAGUUUUUCGAUUUUGGUGAACACAAACUAAAGGGGCUAGAAACCAAAGAACUUGUUACGAUCGCAUAUCCUAAGAUUCUUACCUCCAGGCAUGAAUUUGCAUCUGAAGAUGAACAGUCAAAACUAAUUAACGAAUCGAUGUUGUUUCGUCUAAGAGUAGUUUCAAAUAAACUAGAGUCUGUGAUUUCGGCUUUGAGUGGUGGCUUCAUUGAAUUAGACUCUCGAACAGAGGGAAGUUAUAUCAAAUUUAACCCAAAGGUAGAAAAUGGUAUUAUGCAAUCAAUCUCAGAAAAGGAUGCUUUGUUAUUUUUUGAUCAUGUAAUCACUAGAAUUGAAUCCAGCGUGGCACUACUGCAUCUACGGCAACAGAGAUCUUCAGGAUUGGAGAUAUGUAGAAACGAUAAAUCAUUUGGUCAGAGCAAUAUUUUUAGUAUCGUUGAUGAGCUUUUAGAAAUAGUCAAAGUAGUUAGGGAUCUAUCAGCAUGA